CCUCGUCCUGUCCUCCUCGCCGCCUGUAUCCUUGUCCAUGUUUGUAGGCCCUGGCAGUUUGGACCCAGCGGCGCCAUGGCGAGCCAUGCGUCGGCACCCUCACUCGACCUUGAGCUGCUGAGCCAGGAGCAGCCGCUGCUCCAGGCGGUGCACCCUGGCCCGCACCCGCGCAGGGCGCGGAGGAGUGCCGCGGGCCUUGCGGCCGCGCUCCUGAUCUGCGGCGCGGCGGCAGCACUCGGAGCCCACGCCGUGCGGGCAGGUGCCCAGGGCUGCGCGGGGGGCCCGUGGGGGAGCGCCCCGUGCAGCGCCGACGCCGCCCGCGGGGCCGCGUCCCUGGCCUCCGCGGCGGCGCCGGCCGAGGCGGCGGCGCACGAAGAGGAGGUGACUACCACCGAGGUGGAAACGAUUGAGGCAUCUGCUGCGACAGGGCUGAUUCGUACCUGGAGGGACGCGGAUGUCCAGACGACAGCCGCAUUUGCUGCGACACCAGCUGAGCAGGCGACCACCACCGACGUCGAGCCAGACGAGGCCUGGGGGGUGGUCACCAGCGCAGCAGCCGAUGAGGACAUCAUGGAGAUGGGGGCGACCAGAGCCUCGACCGCCUGGCCCGGUAAGAGGGUGACCACCGCCGAGGGGGAAACGAGGGGCUCGGCUGUCUCAAAAUGGACCGCCCCCCCCGCGUCCAUCCAGAGCACUUCACCCAGACCAGCGCGCUAUUUGUUCUUCCCCUUGCACGGUGGGAGCUCCAACCAAUUGCUAGCAACCCGACGGGCUCUCAUGUUGGGCGCCAUUCUGAACCGCACAGUGCUUUUACCGCCAAUGUUGGCACAUUACGACCUCAAUCCAGUUCUAAACGAUACUGAUUGGACCAAUCAGACAAAUCUAAUGAUGUUGUCGCUGAAUCGGUCGAAGGAGUAUUUCAAGCGUGGGAGUCAGUAUCGAAUAAUGACGGGUGCAUACGACGUUGGCUUUUACAAUAUCAGCAUCAUGAACUUUGCAACAUUUUAUUCAACCAGCAUCUGCGAAGGGAGGCUCUCCCUCUACGGCGGCUGCGGCAGGGCGGGGGCGGGCUUCUUGCAGGUGGUCGGAUCUGGCGUGUGCCCUGCUGCAGCGAGCCGCUGGCGGACCAUCUCCGACGUGUUGGGCGCGCUGGGCACCGGCCCACUGGGCGAAGCUCCUCUUCUUGCAGUCGGGUGCACGUACUGCAUGCACGGCCUCGACAAGCUCGACGUUUCGAAAGGCCCGCCCUCGCUCCAGGAGGUGCUGCUUCGCGUGCAGCUCACGUCGAUCCCGUUCACCGGUCCCGUACUGGACGCUGCGAGGCGUGUGUCGGGUGCCGUCGGACAUUAUCGCGGCUUGUAUUGUGCAGCUCACUUGCGAAUGCCAGAUGACAUGGACGGCCACGGUGGGAACCAGGUAAGGCCCAAGAACGUCUCUGGUUUGGGAACAGAAGCCUCAGUGGUGGAGUCGUACGCUCUGUGGCUUCUGAGGGAACUGAAGGCCGCGAGAAUACCAGAGAAGUCAGUCGUUUACGUAGCAACAAACUUGCGUGCAGGAUGUCAGCACGAUGGAUUUGCACAGCUACGCUCACGGUACCUCUGUAUAUCCCUGGGCAUGGGUGAUCUGAUGUGCAAAGCGGGCCUAUGUGACGGCCUUCCAGAAAACAUAGAUCUUGCUUCCUUGACUGGCAUGGACAGGGGGGAUCUGAUGGCUGCGAUUGAUAAGCAGGUCUGUGUCUUGGCCGAGCAGGGCUUCUGGCCUACGGCAGGGGACUGCUACACCUGCAAGAAGAAGUGCCCACCGCACCAGGGGAUUGCUACUCCUGCAAGGAGAAGUGCCCACCGCAUGUCAGUAACUCGUUCUCCAGUGACAUAAUUUGGCGACGGCUGGGGAUGUGUAAGCCUUCCUGCACGGAUGAUUCGAAUGUUGAUUUGUCGAAAAGGGCGGCACAUCUAACGGGCACUCUGUACAAAAUGGAGACGGGGAGAUACGGCGAAUCGAUUCCAAACCUGACACCAUUGGCGCAGACAUGUACGGUCACCGCCAUAGACGCGGAUAUUGCGAAAUUGAAAAUGGCAUCCACGUCCACCACGUCCACCACGACCCCCGCGUUUAUCCAGAGCGUAUCAGCCCGACCACCGCGCUAUGUAUUUUUCCCACUUCACGGCGGAAGCUCGAACCAAUUGAUGGCAACCCGCCGGGCUCUUAUGCUAGGAGCCAUUCUGAACCGCACCGUGCUUUUGCCGCCAAUAUUUGCACAUUACGAUUUAAAUUACCAGCCUGAGUUAAAUGACACCGAUUGGGGACAUCAGACACACCUAAUGAACUUGUCGCUGAAUCGGGCCAAGGAGUAUUUCGGGCGUGGGAGUCGGUAUCGGGUCAUGACGGGCACAUACGACAUUGGCUUCUAUAAUGUCAGUUACAUGAAUUUGGCAACAUUCUAUUCGACAACAACGUCUGCGAAGGGAGACUCUCCCUCUACGGCGGCUGCGGAAAGGCGGGGGCGGGCUUCUUGCAGGUGGUCGGAUCUGGCGUGUGCCCUGUAGUAACGAGCAGCUGGCGGACCAUCUCCGACGUGGUGGGCGCGCUGGGAACCGGCCCGUUGGGCGAGGCCCCUGUUCUUGCAGUCGGGUGCACGUAUUGCAUGCACGGUCUCGACAAGCUCGACGUCUCGGAAGGCCCGCCGUUGCUUCAGGAAGUGCUUAUUCGUGUGCAGCUCACGUCGGUCCCGUUCACCCGCCCCGUUCUAGACGCUGCGGAGCGUGUGUCGAAGGCCGUCGGACAUGGCCGUGGCUCGUAUUGUGCAACUCACAUGCGCAUGCCAGAUGACAUGGACGGCCACGGUGGGAAUCAGUCAGGGCCCGAGGGGACCUCUGGCUUGGGUUCAGACACUUCAGUGGUGGAGUCGUACGCCCUGUGGCUUCUGAGGGAGCUGGAGGCCGCGAGCAUACCAGAGAUGUCAACCGUCUACGUGGCAACAAACUUGCGUGCAGGUUGUCAGCACGAUGGCUUCAAAGUGCUACGCUCACGGUAUGUCUGCGUCUCUUUGGGUGUGGGCGAUCUGAUGUGCAAAGCUGGCCUUUGCGACGACAUUCCGGAAAACAUGUCUCUUGCUUCUUUGACUGGCAUGGGCAGAGGAGAGCUGAUGGCUGCGAUUGAUAAACAGGUCUGUGUAUUGGCCGAGCAGGGCUUCUGGCCUACAGCAGGGGACUGCUACUCCUGCAAGGAGAAGUGCCCACCGCACGUCAGUAGCACCUUCUCUAAUGACAUAAUUUGGCGACGGCUGCGGAUGUGUAAGCCUUCCUGCGCGGAUGAUUCGAAUGUUGAUUUGUCGAAAAGGGCGGCACAUCUAACGGGCACUCUGUACAAAAUGAAGACGGGGAGAUACGGCGAAUCGAUUCCAAACCUGACACCAUUGGCGCAGACAUGUACGGUCACCGCCGUAGACGCGGAUAUUGCGAAAUUGACAACGGCAUCCACGUCCACCACGACCCCCGCGUUUAUCCAGAGCGAAUCAGCCCGACCACCGCGCUAUGUAUUUUUCCCACUUCACGGAGGAAGCUCGAACCAAUUGCUAGCAACCCGCCGGGCUCUUAUGCUAGGAGCCAUUCUGAACCGCACCGUGCUCUUGCCGCCAAUAUUCGCACAUUACGAUUUAAAUUUCCAGCCUGAGUUAAAUGACACCGAUUGGGGACAUCAGACGCACCUAAUGAAGUUGUCGCUGAAUCGGGCCAAGGAGUAUUUCGGGCGUGGGAGUCGGUAUCGGGUCAUGACGGGCACAUAUGACAUUGGUUUCUAUAAUGUCAGUUACAUGAAUCUGGCAACAUUCUAUUCGACAACAACGUCUGCGAAGGGAGACUCUCCCUCUACGGCGGCUGCGGAAAGGCGGGGGCGGGCUUCUUGCAGGUGGUCGGAUCUGGCGUGUGCCCUGUAGUAACUCGCAGCUGGCGGACCAUCUCCGACGUGGUGGGCGCGCUGGGAACCGGCCCGUUGGGCGAGGCCCCUGUUCUUGCAGUCGGGUGCACGUAUUGCAUGCACGGUCUCGACAAGCUCGACGUCUCGGAAGGCCCGCCGUUGCUUCAGGAAGUGCUUAUUCGUGUGCAGCUCACGUCGGUCCCGUUCACCCGCCCCGUUCUAGACGCUGCGGAGCGUGUGUCGAAGGCCGUCGGACAUGGCCGUGGCUCGUAUUGUGCAACUCACAUGCGCAUGCCAGAUGACAUGGACGGCCACGGUGGGAAUCAGUCAGGGCCCGAGGGGACCUCUGGCUUGGGUUCAGACACUUCAGUGGUGGAGUCGUACGCCCU